CUCUUUUUCCCAAGCUGCCAACCAAAUCGCCCCGACGACGACGACGACUCCUCCUCGCACCAGCCAACCCGACCGGGGGGAAAUAGGAUAAACCAGACAAAAAUAAAGGACGACCAGCUCUUUUUUCGAUACAAAAAAAAAAAGAAUAAAAAUUCAAAGGGAACAACUCGCUCGAACCAUCACAUACGAGGAGACAAACAAACCCCCGGGGAACAUCACACUCCUUCAAUCUUAAUAAAACCAAAAAUGUCGUUCGCCAUCGCCAUGCGCCGUGUGGCCCUCGCGCCCUCGACACGCACCGUUGCCGCCCGCCGCUUCGAGUCCUCUGCCGCCAGCAAGGCCCAGAGCACCGCAAAGGACACGGCCAACAAGGCCGCACAGGGCCUGACCCGCGUCGCCAGUGCCGCCGGUCCCGCCAUCACCAACGCCGCGAAGGGUGCCUCUGAGGCUUUGGGCAAGGUCGGUGGUCGCACAGGGAAGCUGAUCAAGUUUGUUGAGCGCCAGGUUCCUUUUGUCGUCUACUACACAAAGGUCGGCGUUGAGGUUGCCAAGAUUGUCUUCCGUGGCCAGCAGAUGUCUCCUCCAUCAAUGCAAACCUUCCAGAGCUACUUCCAAAACGUAUGGAAGCAGCUGCAGAACCCGCAAGCUCUGAUGCGCCAGCUGUCGUCUAAGAUCCCUACCCAGAACCCGGUCGAGGGUGUGAAGAACAUCAGCGCAGCUCAAUGGACCGCCGCUGGUGUGCUGGGCGCUGAGCUCGUUGGCUUCUUCACCGUCGGCGAGAUCAUCGGCCGCAUGAAGCUCGUUGGCUACCACGGCGAGGUCGAGCACCACCACUAAUUUGCUCUCUAUUGAAAGAUGGUAUGGCGGUUAGUUGUUGGAGAUGACGGACGUGGAUGGAAAGUGGCAACGCGUGAAGGCUGGGAAUUGAUGCGGGCUGGGGUUGAGAUCGAUUGUCAGGUCGUCUCACCUGAGCCAACCAGCUCAUCCUGGACCAAACAAAGAUCAAGCACUAGAUCAUUUGACCGCCCAACUAGCUUUCUGCACCCCAUCUCCGGCAACAUGCACGUCGGAGCUGGCGCAGUUAUCCUUGUUACUCCCAGACACGGCUGGAUAUCGAGCAAGCAACCAAUCCUAUAUCUUGUCACGCCGGAUUCCUCAGUCUUAACUUACUCGGGAACUUACUUUUUCUCUGCCAUACCUACGUUAUAUGGGUAUAUUUUUUGUUUAUUUUUCCUUUGUUCAAAACAUCUUUUGACUGCAGCAAACAAAUGUACCAAUAGACCAAACAACCUGCAUAAAGGGAUAAAAGACCUGAAAGGGAUCGGGAGAAGCGCGUAUAGAGCGUGGUUCAGAGGAAGAUGAAAAGGGGAGGAUAGGGGUAGGAAGGGAACGAGAUGGGGGUAACAAAUCACGCCCUUAGACACAAGAACUAAUGAAUGGUUUCGA